AUUACGUUUCGUUGCCGACGUUUACUGACACCGGUCACAUUCAAGGCGUAUUGAACUUUCAUAAAUUCAUCAGUUAUUCUGCGCUUUUGCACACUCAGACGGGGUGCUCUGAAAUCGGAGUAGAUUGCCAGAGUGAAUUUACGAACGCGCCCAGAGAAUAGCAGCGUUUAUGUAUUUUGCGCGGUGGGUUAUGGGUGUGAGCAGAGAAGUAAAAUGGCGGAAUUGGCAAACGAAGAGAAGCCUGCCAUAGCGCCACCAGUGUUCCUGUUCCAAAAAGAUAAAGCACAGAAGAGAUCAGCUGAUGGAUCGAGUGCAGAAGAUGAAGGUUCAGACAAAGAGGAUGGUGGCUACUGUCCUCCAGUAAAAAGAGAGAGGACUUCAUCUUUAACACAGUUCCCACCUUCACAUUCUGGGUCUAGUAAGAACAAUGUCUUCAUGCCCUCAAGUUUCUGCCCGUCUCCAACUGGGAAUUCAGAGGACUCAGAACCAGAUGAGAAGCCUGUAGGGUUUCGUUUAAAACCACCUACUCUCAUCCACGGCCAGGCGCCUAGUUCAGAUUGUGUUCCAGGCGUCCCCAGUCAAAAACCCAAGGAGCAGCAGCGCAGUGUGCUCCGGCCAGCCUUGCUCCAGGCCCCACCAGUCAAGUCCAACUCAGAGUCCACUAAUGGGGUGACGAAGUCGUCCGACGGAACGUCAGAAGGGUCGAGCAUCUUCCAGAACAACACUGAGCACUCAGACGUCCUCGCUAAGUCACCGAAACAUGAAAGGGAGGAUGGAGCGAGCAGAGAGAAGAACGAUUGUUCUGCAGAGUCUUCUUUCGUGUUUGGGCAAAAUAUCAAAGACAGAGCAAAGUUGGAAGAGAAUAGUAAAGAUGGCAAGUUGUUACCCCUGGAUUCUCAAGAGGGAACCAACUAUUUCUUACAGUACAUCGCCACCCCCAGUUCAAAGAACGCCAUACACAAUACCGACAAGGGGGCCAAAUUUGUCUUUGGGCAGAACAUGUCAGAGAGAGUCCUAAGCCCUUCCAAGGGAGGGGAGGCAUCAGUGGAAGACUGUAAAGUCUUACCAGCUCCCCCUGUGUCUGAAUCCUCUUCAAAGGAAAACAUACCAGAGAAGGGUAAUGUGACGGAGUCACUGGAGGAAUCUGCAGCAGCGUACACCAAAGCCACAGCCAAGAAGUGCAUCUUGGAGAAGGUAGACGUCAAAACUGGAGAAGAAUCAGAAAGUAACGUUUUGCAGGUCCAGUGCAAGUUGUUUGUGUUUGACAAGACAGCCCAGACGUGGAUAGAGCGGGGUCGAGGGCUGCUCAGGCUUAAUGACAUGGCAUCCACAGACGACGGAUCACUACAAUCACGUCUUGUGAUGCGGACCCAGGGCAGCCUUAGAUUGAUCCUGAACACCAAACUGUGGCCUCAGAUGCAGGUGGACAAGGCCAGCGAGAAGAGUGUCCGUGUCACAGCCAUGGACACAGAGGACCAAGGGGUCAAGGUCUUCCUAAUAUCGCCUAGUUCAAGGGAGGACACAGGUCAGCUGGCAGCAGCGCUGCACCAUCGUAUCCUGGCCCUGAAGAGCCGGGCGGACCAGGAGCCCCAGGAGGCCCCGGCUGCAGACUGCGCCCCCGAGGCUGACUUGCCCCACUCUGAAGGGGACAGCGAUGAGGAAGAUCAGGUCAACAAUGCUGCAGUUAACUCAGAGGGAGGAGAGGCCCAGGCUGCUGGAAGCACAUAGCGUUAGUCCCCCUAAAGGAUUGCCUGCCAGGAUUCUGCUACUGCUGUUUGGGCAUUUUACUGAGGGCAUCCCAACGAACACCCUACCCUGACAAACAUGGGUCCUUCAGACCAGUACUUUUGGAUACUCAGAAGUCUAGCUCCAGUAAAAUUUUUCUUUACAUUCAAUCAACAUAAAAACAUAUGGAGUUGUAUUUUUGUUUUGUCUAUAUUUUGUCUUCUCAGUUGCAAAAAUAAAUACUUAUUUUUGCAGCUGAGACAAAUUUUUGGUUUGGGACUUGGCUGCUCAUCAUAUUGAUGAGUGUGGGGGUGUUUUCCUCUCCAACAUUUUAAGGUAUGGCACAUGUUUAAGACUGCAGUUUCUACCUUGGGACUUUUUUACUCACCAGACCACCCCCACACCUCUGGGACCCAACCAGCCACCCCAGGCUCCAGAGGAACUCCUGUCUGUCACCGUAUACUGACCCGUCUUAUGGUCAGUCAUUUGACUGGUUUCUACAUCAUCCCCAUCCAUUCAGCUUUCACAUGAGGGCUGAUUCCGACCUGAGUUAAGCGGGUGUAAAUGGAACGUAAUUCCCUUUUUAUGCACUUUUCUCUCUGACCUUGAACUUAAUCCACCACCACCUUUACGUGUGAGGAAACCACGAAUAUGGCAGAAAACUGAAGUAUAUAAAAAUGUCCCACAGUAAAGUUUAUGAAAUGCUGUGUCGUUAUGCAGAAUUUAAAUUGUACAGCCUUUUAACUUGCAGGGAUGGGCACUCAGAAGUCUUAAUUUUAGGCUACCCCAACUUUCUCUGUUUCCUAUUUCUAUCAUGUUAAAUAUUAGCCACUAUCAGUAUUGACUGUCAGUAGGCCUAAUAACCACACUUAUACCAUGGUAUUGUUAAGUACUAGUUUGUGAAGGGCAUUCUAGAGUGUGCGUUAUAGGGAAAUAACGCAUGGUAGAAUUCAAUGGCUAUAGUUCAUCCUUGCAUGUUCUGUGUUUGAGCUGCAUUGAAAGCAAAAGUCGAAUUGAAAACAUUGGCAUUGUUGAAUUCGAUUUUCAUAAUCGCAAGCUAGGUCUGAUGGUUUGGUUAGCUAAACUAGGAAGUCUGUUUGUUUUGUUACCAAGGUAACUAACUACCUUUGCUAUCUAGUAAAGUUCCUAGCUACCUUAGUGGAUGUUCAACACAUUUCUAGAGGCAAAUGUGUUAAAUUAUUGGCAUGGUAUAAAAUGGAUAAUCAACUCGGGGCUCUAUGCUUUCUCUGGAAAAUAAUGCAACUCGUGGAAGGUCAGUUCCACUCCUCUACUGUGUCGUGGAACACACCUUCCACGUCGUUCAUUAUUUUCCCAAGAACCCAUAGCCCCUCGUUGAUUAUCCCUUACAUAUUCGUUCUGCCAAUUUACAGUUCCCUUCAGUUAUAGUCUACUUUAUCAUUUCAUUUAUUUACCUUAAUUUGCUUCCUCUGUAAAUGCAGUCAUGGCUAUGUGGUUGUUGCUGAGGAUCAUUAGUAACAGUUGAUAAUAUAUUUUUAAAACGUCUAGGCUAAUUAAAUCAUGAUGGAGUUGAGAGCAAACCAAGCUGUAACAGUUUGAACGCGACACAAUACUUGGCCGUGUCAUCACACAAUUCCAUGGUUAGUGCAUGCGAUAGACGGUAGAGCCUACUAUUGUACACUAUUCUCCCUAUUAUAAAUCAAUAUACGCUAAUCUUCCAACAUUGCCAUGGGUAAUUGAAUGUGGCAAUUUUCAGAAUGAAUCAAACCAGUUUUCUUUCUUUCGUGCAUAAAGGCUCGCUAAACCUGUUUUGUAUGAUUCACAAAUACUUUCCUAAACCCGAAUAAUCGACAAGAUCAGAGUAUUUUUCAAUCUACCGACUGGUGCUGAAACAGACAAAUAUGCAUAUAUUUAGAUGGCUUUCUUUCAUUGAUCCGUAAUAUUCUGAACUCGUUCUCUCAAUAUAUUCUAGUGAGUCUGUCGACAAAAUUCUAACUAAAAGGUACACCGUAUUGGAAGGGAUGGCUUAAGAUAAAUGUAUUGAACCCUAUUGGAUGGAAACUCCAUGAGAAAAUCUGUUUGCUAGCAAAUGGGAGGGUUCUUGUGGUUGAAUGAAAUUUAUUCAGAGUGCGCAACGUAGGCACAUCUGCAGAGCGUGUUACCCGACUAAGGUAAGUCUGAAUACCAAAUACUGAGAAGUGUGUAGGAAACGUAUGCGUUUCCCAAGUCUGAAUCGGCCCCAUGUUGAAGUUUCCGGACAUGUCUUUUAUUUUUGGUCAUGAAUUUCAUGAGGCAUCUAACAACAAAAAAAAUUCUAAUGGCUAGGGCUGGUUAGCAUCCCUCAGACUUCGAUAGCAGUUUCUUAGUUUUCCUAUUGACUUAGUACGUAAAAACAAAUACAUAACUCUCUUAUGGGUUAAUGCUCCAAACAUAACCAACGGAGCGGGCAGUAAGGGGCUUAACCCCCCAAUAUCUCCUGAAGUGUGCACUCAUUGACUACCCACAAAUCUAAAAGCAAUGAAUUGGAGGCAUGGGUUUCCACCACGUCUGUUACACCAGUCAAAUCAGUGAAAGGAAGUGAACAAUUACACACUUAAGGAUGAACACCUGGAAAGUUUCUCAAGUUUAUAUGGCUGAGUUGUCUACUCAUUGACUGUUUUUAUGUUUCUCAAUAUAUUAACCUGACGAAUCUACUGAACAAAUAUUUAAAUGCAACAUGCAGCAAUUUCAAAGAUUUUACUGAGUUUCAUGCAGUUCAUAUGAGGAAAUCGGUCAAAUGAAAUAAAUAGAUUAGGCCCUGUUCUAUGGAUUUCACAUAACUGGGAAUACAGAAAUGCAUCUGUUGGUCACAGAUACUUAAAAAAAAAAAUGGCCGUCAGGACUUCGUCACGGUAUUUUUGUGCAUUCAAAUUGCUAUCGAUAAAAUGCAAUUGUGUUCGUUCUGCCGCAAUUCUCUCGCAACAGGUCUGGAGGACAUUCCUGCAGUCAACAUGCCAAUUGCACGCUCCUUCAGCUUGAGACAUUGGUGGCAUUGUGGGACAAAACUGCACAUUUUAGGGUGGCCUUUUAUUGUCACCAGCACAAGUUGCACCCGUGUAAUGAUCAUACUGUUUAAUCAGCUUCUUGAUAUGCCACAUCUGUCAGGUGGAUAGAUUAUCUAGGAGAAAUGAGAAAUGCUCACUAACAUGGAUGUAAUCAAAUUUGUGCACAAAAUUUGAGAGGAAUAAGCUUUUUGUGUGUGUGUGGACAAUUUCUGGGAUAAUUUAUUUCAGCUCAUUAAAUAUGGGACCAACACUUUACAUGUUUCUUUUAUAUAUUUGUUCAGUAUACAUUCUGCAUGUCAUUGUUUUAAUUUCUAACAUCUUAUUGUUAUUUACUUUUUUUUUUUUUUAUAUGAACUUUUUAUCCAUUUUCAUUUGAGAUAAAAAAUGUUGGAAUAAAGAUUAAUGUUGUGAUUUUUGUUGUGUGCAUUCAAACAACCAUACUACCCUUGUACUGCAUGUACAUUUGAAUAUAUUAUCCUUUAGUAGAACACAAUGUUAACUCCUCACCCUCUUUACAAAAUAAAACAUUUUGGACUGA